UUCACGGAGACCUUUGAAGGAGCAAGACUUUAAAGUGGGCUGACGGGACGGCCAGGUCGUAGGAAGAGGUUGAUCACUACACAGGCAGAAUGCCUGUCAGUAGAAGACACCAAGCCAGGAUGGGGGAGAGCUGCUACACUAGACUUGGCCACAAGGUGGUGCAACCAGAGAUGGUCCAGGGUGCACAGGGAACAUCUGUCUGAGAUUUGAAACGGAGACAAGAGGAAUUACACCCUCGGAGCAACGUUACCAGUUUCCCAUUAAAACCAAGCGGCGAGUUUUAUGAGAGACUACACAAGGUGGGGGGAAAGGGAGAAUACACGAGGAGAAAAAGGGCUCUAAAUGAGAAUAUGGCCAAUGGCAUUGAAGAUCUUAUUGGGAUCCCAUUCCCAAACCACAGCAGUGAAGUCCUUUGCGGUUUAAAUGAACAGCGGCACGAUGGUCUACUCUGCGACGUCAUCCUCAUUGUCCAGGACCAGGAGUACAGGACCCACCGGUCUGUCCUUGCAGCCUGCAGCAAGUACUUUAAAAAACUCUUCACUACUGGCACUUUAACAGACCAGCCCUGUGUUUAUGAGAUUGACUUUGUCAAGCCUGAAGCACUUUCUGCUAUCCUAGAGUUUGCCUACACGUCAACCCUCACCAUCACCGCCUCGAACGUCAAGCACAUCCUCAAUGCGGCCAAGAUGCUGGAAAUCCAGUGCAUUAUCAAUGUAUGCCUAGAAAUCAUGGAGCCCGACAGAGAAGCCGAAGAGGAAGAUGAUAAAGAGGAGGAAGAUGAGGAUGAUGACGACGAUGAGGAUGAUGAGGAAGAGGAGGAGGAGGAGGAAGAAGUGGAAGAUUUUGUGAAUCGGGAGAACCUACCAGAUGUCCAAGAAGUACGCUGUCACCAAAGCCCUUCAAAGUCAGACCUUACUGAGGAAGCCUACACAGAAACACCUACAGACUUCCCAAACCAUUACCCAGCCAAUAGCUCUGCCAGCCACUUGGGCAUGAUACGAGACUUUUCCAUCGAGUCCUUACUAAGGGAAAAUUUGUACCCUAAAACAAACAUUCCAGAAAGGAGGCCAGCCCUAUCUCCCUUCCCACCAGGCUUCUUUCCCCACCUGUGGCAUGGAAAUUUCAGUUCCUUUUCCCCGCUAGAAGAGCAGCAAGUGGACAAUGGCCCUUUGGACCUGGUGAUCAAAAAGAGGAAGAUUAAAGAGGAAGAGAAGGAGGAGCUCCCUCCAGCCCCUUUCCCUAAUGACUUCUUCAAGGACAUGUUUGCGGGCACUCCGGGAGGUCAUUUAGAGCACAUUAAGGCGGAGAACGACUACAGUGCUUAUCUCAACUUUCUAAGUGCCACCCACCUGGGAGGAAUGUUUCCUCCAUGGCCCCUGGAAGAAGAAAGGAAGAUAAAGCCUAAGGCAUCUCAGCAGUGUCCCAUCUGUAACAAAGUCAUCAUGGGAGCAGGGAAGUUGCCACGGCACAUGAGAACCCACACGGGAGAAAAGCCAUACAUGUGCACUAUCUGUGAAGUUCGCUUUACCAGGCAGGACAAGCUAAAAAUCCACAUGCGGAAACAUACAGGAGAAAGGCCAUACCUCUGCAUCCACUGCAACGCCAAAUUCGUGCACAACUAUGACCUGAAGAACCACAUGCGCAUUCACACGGGCGUCCGACCUUACCAGUGCGAAUUCUGCUACAAGAGUUUCACUCGCUCCGACCACCUCCACCGCCACAUCAAGCGACAGAGCUGUCGAAUAUCCAGGCCCAGGAGAGGGCGCAAGCCUGCAGCCUGGAGGGCGGCCAGCUUACUGUUUGCACAGAACGGCCAGUCAAAUGAGAAAGGUUUCAUGAUGCCUCCGACUCUGGAGGAGAUGAGCAGCCAUCUCGGCACCACAGCCGUGUGCCUUCCAGGCCCCAGCCACAAGCACUUCAUGAGUGGGGCCAAGAACUCGCUAAACUUGCAAGAUCUAGAGAGCCAGUUUGAAGAAACCCAAAUGAAGCUGUUUGGGAGGACACACUUGGACAUGGAAAGGAACGGGGGCAUCUUUACCUUUGCCCUGGGCCAUAACGAGACCAUCUCAGCACGGCCAUACUUCCCUCUCCCGGACCCCUGGAGCACAGGGUUCAAUGGAUUGCCUGGACUAAACCAUGUAGCCCCAAUUUCUGAGGCUAGCAAUUAAACCAAUUCAACCCAUCCAUUGGGUGUGGUACAUUCUGUACCAUUCUUAUAGAGUGAAUGACUCCCUCUGAUUCCUGCCUGCUGUCUCCCAUCAUCUCACGCCAAAUAAAUGAUUGGUUGCCCAUGUGAAUCUAGACUGUGCUGCAGCGCUACACCCAAACAAACAACGGACGUUAUUCCGAGUGAAGUGCUGCUGUUGAUAUUAGUCUGUGACUGAUGCUUACACUAGGAAAUGGGGUUUGAGUGCAUCAGUGGCUCCACCAGCAACAGUCUGCUGUCGGUGUCCCUUUAGACCAUUUGUACAGCGCUUGGCAUAUCAGCUGACAAGCUUGUCGCCUCCCAACACUAGAGCUUCCCCUUAGCUCUCGGAAUCCAAUUUUGAGGGAGUGGGAAGGGUCAAGCUUCCGGCUGCAGGCUGCUGGUCUUUUGAAUGCUUCUGAAAGCCAUGGGCCUUAGUGUGGAGGCCACGACAGCACGUCAGAAGGAGAUUUCCAUGACUUUCCAGAUGGUCAGCUUGAACAUCAAUGAAGAUGGGAAACCAUUUUUUUUUUUUGUCACUUCUAAAUUCCUUGGUGCUUUUGGGUAUAAGAAUUGUGUUUUUAACCCCGUAAUCAAAUGACAAAAACAGUCUGAAAGAGCCAGAUUCUUAGCUGGUGCAAAUGAAUGCCGCACUGUGCAGCUAUGGUGAUUUACUGCAGCUGAAGGUCUGGUCUCGGGUCUUUCACAAUUACUAGCAAAUGUCCCUUGACUGAGUUCUGCGCAUACAAAGACCCUGCUGUACAGGAUCACCUGGGAAAAGGAUUCGGAUAUUGCUCCGAGGAUCCUGAUUGAAAAUGAUUAUUCUAGAGAGUCCCCAAUACAAGACUGUCACUGCAUGCUAGUAGAAAUCAUGUUUCAGCAUUUGUCAGCUCAGAAAUACAGAGCUUAUAACAACGUGCUUCUUAUUUCACCUUUUACACAGUGGUGAUAACUUCAUAUUAAGAGUCUGCUGCUGUUAGUUUGAUGCUAAUACAGAGACUGGUUUAAGUUUAACCAAGGUUUGAAAAUGUAAAUUUUAAAAACUAGGGUGUGUUCUCUCUUCUUUUUAUUGUUACCUUUUGGGUUUAGCAGAAUCAAAGGGAAGCAGAGGACCACCUUUUUUUUUUUUAAUUUCAGUUCAUUCAUCAAAGGUGCUGCUCUUCAGUCACAAUUCAAUGAGGGGGUCUCUCUACUGGAGCACUGACAUUGCUACAUCCAGAGGACAAAAUGAGUAGCCUUUUCGGAGUCAUUCUCACAUAUGAUUCCCUUUGUCAAGAAGCACUUCAAGCCUAAAUAGCUCCUCUCUGCUUUGAGAACACAUUUUAAAAAAUUACCCUGAUGAACUGCCUGACAGGAGUUUUCCCUCUUCCCUUCCCCCCAAAAAUAAAUUCAGAGAUUCUCUGUGAAAUGAACAGGGGGACUGGAAAGAAAACGUUUUAAAACUGCAUCAGACUUUUUUUUGUAUAUGU